AGGCGUGCGUCGUCGGCCUGCGGCGGCUCGCUCUACCUCAACCUCUCCAUAUCAGUUCUCACUGACUGGAAAUGACUUGGGAAAUGGACCAGAUUCUGAUUCAAGACUGAUGGUUUUUCGGAAACUUGAAGACUUUUCGAGUCUGUGAAAGCAUAUCAACUUAUCUGCAAGAUGAACACCAUGGACACGCCAAGCAUGAUCGUGAAGGCCAUCAACUUCCACGGCCAGCAGCUAUCCAAAGUUAUGGAAGAGAAACAACUCAAGCUUCUGGGCGGCAUCAAUAUCCGCGACGUGGAUUACCACGUCUAUCAGCAAAGAGCGAAAGAGCUCAGCUCAAAGCAUCGCGUGCCUUAUGAGGACGCCAACCGGGAUCACGUACGUUGGAAGCUCGAGAAAGUCUAAAAAAAAAGAUGAAGACGAAAACAAAACUCGCCAGCUCGGCAUGCGACCCAUCAUUUCGAACCGUAUUGGAAUCGACGCCUCAGAAUAUGCCUGAACGGAUCGAGGAGACACUUUCAGGGCUUGGGUCUCUCCGUACCACGAAGAGACGGGCGGGUGGACUCUAUUUUCAGGCACCAGGGCACGGAGCGCGGCCGGAGGUUGAACCAGAAAGACCGCCUCGUCACCGAACGUACAAGACCGGGGCAAGCGUGUGAAGCUGCUCAACUUUAUGGCAGACAAGGCGGAGUUGCUGUACCGGCCUCUGUCGCAGGACGAGAUACCGCAGGCCUCCGACUUUGUCAACGAGGACGAAGAGCUGUACGGUCGGGUUCCAUGCUUACCGGAGUUCCUGGGACUUAACCGCGCCGAAUGGAGAGAACAGAUUCUCAAGGUGCUUAGGCCCGGCCAGAUCAUACUCUGCACAGUGGUCGGUCUGAAACCCACCGGUGCGCUGGUGCUCGAUUGCGCCACUCUCGUCUCGCGCGGCUGUAUUCCCAUGGCGAGAAACUCUCAGCACAUCAGGGCGGUGGUGCCCGGCAUACCGGCCGGCUCUCGCAUGUGGAAGCCGCACGAGAUGUGCAUGGGUCUGGUGAGGGAGGUGCAGCAGGGCGACAUGAUUGUCAUGACGCUGGACGAGUCGCAGCUGCCGCCCCACCUGAUCGGCAACGUGCGGCUCGGUCACGUGACGGGCAACGAGCUGUCUGUGCGCUGCAGGAGGUCGCUGGCCUCCCAGGAGCCGCAGACGUCCUACGAGGACCACCUGCUAGCCGCCGUCGGCUUCCACAACCCGAACGCCAUGCGCUUCCUGGCCGAGCGGCAGCAUGUGCUCGAGGCCAAAGACUCGCUGGCGCUCCACCUGAGUGCCGGCUUUCCACAGGAAGAGAGCGCCGCCGGCCUCCGGAAGGAGCAGGCCUCGCGCUGGGCCUACCGCUCCGUGGCCAAGGGCGUCGGCCUGUUCAAGAAGGGCGAGUACGGCGAGGCGUUCCAGUGUCUGAACCAGGCGCUGAACGUGGACCCGACCAAUGUGGAGGGCCUGGUGGCCCGCGGAGCGCUGUUUGCCAACAGAGGUAACUAUGAGAAGGCCAUUCUCGACUUCGAAAAAGCAUUGGGUGAAGACCCCAACCACCAGAACGCCAAAAAGUACAUGGGAGAGACAUUGGUCGCCCAGGCAAAGGCGUACGAGGACGAAAAGGACCACGACAAGGCGCUCGAGGUGUACAAGCUGAGCCUGUCGUUCGUGCCGGAUAACAAGGAGGCUCUGCGCUCCAUCCGCUUUCUCAAGGCGAUGAAAGUGGGCCACAUUCAGGCGGAUGACCUGCUGCGUUUGGAUGAUCUGGCCAUACCGCAGCGCAGCGAGAAGACAUCCGAACUCAAGAAGAAGCUGCUCGCUCUGCUUGGAGAGGAUGAAGAAGCUGGGAGCUCGUCGGCCAAGAAAAAGAAAAAGUCGAAGAAGCGCCGCCGCCGCAGCUCGUCGGGCAGCAGCAGCAGCAGCAGCGGCAGCAGCGACAGCAGCCGUAGCCGAAGUCGAAGCCGCAGCCGCAGUGGGAGUCGCGACUCUGCCGGCGGCCGAUCGCGCUCACGACGACGCAGCCACAGCAAGAGUAAGCGUCAGAGCGGCUCGCUGUCGCCUCUCAGCAAGAAGAUGCACCGCAUGCAGGAGGGUCAGCUGCCGCUGGCUCCGGGCGGGCCAUCCGAGCCGCUGGUACACGCCUUCAACAACCCGCCGCCGACGGGGGGACCGCCGCCUCCGCUGGGCGCCAAUCCCUACCAGAUGUACCCGCCGAUGCCGUCCGGGCCGCACGUCCCGCCUCCCAUGAUGGCACCGGGCUUCUACAAUGCGCCGCCGCCAGUGAAGACGCACGAGGACCACGCUUACGAGGAAAAAGUGCGACGCUUCCUCGACUCUCUCGAGAAGGAUAGCGGUCCCACACCGCGCAAGGACCGGCCGCCGCCGGAGCAGAGCCGGCCCCGCGAACACCGCGAGUUCAGAGACCAGUGGGACGUCAGAGAGUCGCGGGAGUUCCGCGACCAGAGAGAGCAGAGGGAGCAGAGGGAGCAGAGGGAGCAGAGGGAGCAGAGGGAGCAGAGGGACCCGCUGGAGGCGUACAUGGACCGCGGCUGGAGGAGGGACUCUGAGAGGGACAGGUCGCACGGGCCGGGCCGAGAGUCACGCCGCAGUGCUGAGCGGAAUCGGUCCCGGUCCGACCGCGACAGGGACCGAGACGACUCCAAGGACACCAGGGCCGCCAAAGACUCCAAGGACUCCAAAGACUCCAAAUCGGGCAAGGAUAAAGAAAGCAAAAGCUCUAAAGAUAAGAAAGACUCCAGGGAGGGGAAGAGCUCUAAAUCUUCAAAGGAGGAAAAGGAUAAAGAGGGAAAGAGUUCCAGAUCUGCGAAGGAAGAGAAGGACGGAGACAGAAAGCACAAAAGAGAACGAAAAGACUCAACCAAGGAUAAAGACGAGGUGACACCCAAAAAAUCUAAAGACGAAGACCGCCAUAAGAAGAAAGACAAGGACAAGGAAGAGGGCAGCGGCAAGAAGAAAGACAAAGAAAAGAAGAAAAAGAGUCGCUGGGACAGCAAGGAGAGUGUGCCCGAAGCGGCCAAAGUGGAGGUCAAGCCCAAAGCACCGGAGAAUCCCAAGCCGGUGGAGAGUGCCGAGCCACUGCCGCCGGGCACUGCGGAGGAGGACGAGUUCCUGUACGGCGGAGACGCUAAGGAGGCCAUCAAGGACGCUGUGAAGCCUCUCGUAGACGACUACGACCCCUCGGACCCGACACAGGACGAGGAAGCCGAGGCCGGCUCGCCAGCAGCGGAGGAGGCUACCAGCGGCCCGCUCGAUCAUCCGACACACAAGCCGACAGACGAUAGAGAUGGAAAGACGGAAGAUAAAGAUAAUCCGGCCCCCGACUCAAAAUACCUGGCCGAGCUGGAGCUACUACGUAAACAGGUGCAAAAGCUCAAGGAGAAGCAGGAGAAGAAGAAGAAGAAAAAGAAGAAAGACAAGGGAAAGGAGAAGAAGGGCCGGAGUCGCAGUUCGUCCAGCAGCAGUGACCACUCGCCGGAGCCGCACAGGUCGGGCAGGGACGGCUCGGCGGACCGACACUCUUCGGAGCGAGUCGUCAGGAUGGAGGCGGACGCCGCCUCAUCAGAGACGGACGGCAAAUGGAAGCGCGGCGGCUGGGGUGACGAGAAUGUAGAGGUGAAGAAGCGAAAGGACGGCUCCGUGCGUAUCGUCAAGACGGAGUUUGACGAACAAGACGACAGCGUCUCCAAGAUGAAGGCAAUCUUUGAGGAGUACCAGGCACCCGGUCGCGCCACCGAAGCAAAGGCCAAGCUGAAAGGAUUCACCGUCGGCAAGAGACCCGACCUCAAGAUCAACCUGAUGGGAGCCAAAAAGAAGGGCCCAUCACCGGAGCCCCUACCGCCCGGCACCGAGCUUCCACCCUCAGACUCCCCAUUGCAGCCCCCUAGCACGAAGACGCCCAUAUCCAAAAUGGACGUGGCGAAGGCGGCGGCGAGAGCGGCGGUGGCUGCGGCUGCAGCGGCAGCCGGCACCUCCAAGACGCCCGGCGCUGCUGCUGCUUCCCGACCGGGCGAAUCGCCGGGCCGAGGACGCCGCCACUCCAAGUCUCGCUCCCGGUCUCGGUCCUACACGCGGUCUCGGUCGCUAUCUCGGUCUCGGUCUCGGUCGCGAUCUCGUUCGCGUGGGCGUCGCUCGCGAUCGCGGUCGCGGAGCCGCAGCCGUAGCCGCAGCAGCCGGCGCCGUCGCCGCUCUUACAGUCGCUCGCGCAGCCGCAGCCGUCGCCGUCGCUACUCCCGCUCCCGCAGCCGACACCGCUCGUACAGUCGGUCACGGUCGCGCUCGCCGUAUCGCUACCACGACGCCACGUUCCGCACGGCCGGCAACUAUGUGCCCGGCCGGUACUCGAACUUUGCCAACGUGCCCGGAAUGUUCCGCGGCAGGGGCCGCGGAGGGUUCAGACCCGACUUCCGCGGCGGACGUGGCGGGUUCCGCGGUGGGUUCCGUGGCGGGUUCCGCGACCAUCACCGUGACCACCGUCGUGACGAUCGGUUUCACUUUGUGAGGCGCAGUCCGCCGGGACGGCUGCGAGAGGGUGAGACAGCCACGGCCGAGAUGUUCGCCCGCCUCAAGGAGGCCAAAGAGAAAAUCGAGGAAGACCUCACCGCUAAGAUGAAGCCGGAGGAAGUGGAAAAACUGAUGGCAGGAAAGUGGGGAAACUCGGAUGCGAACGAGGAUUCUGCGCCGAAAGGCGAAACUCUGGAGGACACGGAGAAGUUCAUCGCCAAGGGAAUGGCCGACAAGAAGAAGGAGAUGCUGGAGCGAAAUAAGCAUCUGCUGAAGAACAGCUCGGCGCCGUGAGCUCAGCUGAGCCGAUAGCGGUGGGACGGUCAGCUGGGGAGGCACGAAGGCACGACUUGCAUUCUGUGUAGGAGGCACUGGGCUGUGGUACUACAGAGGGCAUCAGUUGUGCGGGAGAGGGCUCAGAGGACCCGUUUGUAAAUAUGGACUGAUCUAGACGCGUGGUGCGGAUGAAGCUGAGCUGCCGGCUGAAUUCAAUGGCCCCGUGUUGAUAUCAAGGUGGUUAGCGGUCUAGAUGUGAGUUCGUAGCGACCCGGAUUGUACGCGUAAACUGCCCGCGCUGUGUUUAACCCAGUAGUGACGUUGUCUCUGUCCCGCUGUGGACUGUCAUUUUAGUUCUGUCCGCUCUGCUCGCUGUGGUGUGUGACAGCGGCGGCUGGCGCUGCAGAGAUUCCCGGCCUGUGACGCGUGACCCGUGUGCUGUCAGUCGCUGUCGGCCGCGGCCCCGGCUCUGACGGCUGGCUGACAGGCGGGCCGCACCUCCGGUAGCCGCUGCAACACCCCGGUGGCAGCGCUGACCGAGCGGGACGCCGAGCCGGAGCCGCACAACGCCAGCGAGCUGUGGUCGAGAAAUACAUCUUCUUUUGUAACAGA